AUGAAAAUAGAAAGCACUGAUUACAGAGUUCCAUAUUAUUAAGUUUACAAGGGGAAUUCUAAGCAUUGUUUUUAAGGAAGGGUUGUAAUGGGAUAUUCAAGGAUAAUGUUUUUCUUGACAUUCACUUACCUAAACGUUAUAUCCUUUUUAUAAUUAUUGAGAAUCUAACCUGAAAAAAAGUUAUUUAAUUUAGAGAUAGCUUUUUUCAUAAUAACAGACAUAUUUAUGUUAUUAACUGUUUUUAGGGAUCCAGGAAGAAUACCAAGAAUAAAUUCUUAAUUUUAAAAAGUAUUUGAUUAAAUUGACUAAGUAUUCUGAAUGUUAUUUGAUUCCACAUAAGCAAAGGUUUGGAGGUGAGAUUACAAUAAUAAAUUAAAAUUAAGUAGAUGAAUUAAAAUUUUGUGACCCAUGUUAGAUUUAUAAAACAAGAUCAACUGCUCAUUGUAGAAGAUGUGAUAAUUGUGUAGAAGGAUUUGAUCAUCAUUGUUUAUGGCUUGGUUAAUGUAUUGGUUAAAGAAACUAUUGUACAUUUUAUAUUUUUAUAACAUGUUUAACCUUUACUUAAAUAAUAUGUAUUAGUGUACAAAUAUUGCAUAUAAUAUAAUUAAAUGAUGUAAGGAUGAUUGAAUAUAUCUUUUAUUGUGUAAUGAAUUUUGGCAUAUUUGGUUUUACUAGUUAUUUAUUCCUUAUACAUACAUACUUUAUUAUAACAAAUAAGACUACUUAUGAAUAUUUAACUACAAAUAGAUUUGUAAUAGAACAUCAUAUGUUAUAUUUUUAUUAAGGAGAUGGAACUUUAUUGGCUAGAAGGUUUAUUAGAUUUUCUAAGAGUUUAUGGCAGAAAUUAUUUAAACCAAAUAGAAUUUUGUUAUAAUCUCUUAACAGUCACGUAAUAUAGUAAAUUGUAAUGUAGAUAUAUUAUGAUAUGCCAUCCUACAUAGAGUAAUAAAGAAUGCAAUAAAAAUUAUAAUAUGUGAUGAAUGAUUCUUUGGAAAAGAUUAUAUUGGAAGAUAAGACGAAGACUUAUUAGAGUGAUUUAUGUAGUGAUAAAAAGAUGACAGGAAUUUAAGAGUAUGAUUUGAUAUAGAUAAUAGAUUUUUAAAAGGAGAUUACGAAUAGAAUAGUGAACAAUUAAAUUAAUUAUCUAAUGAAUGUUCUUAGAGAAAUGAGUAAAAGGAUUUAAAAAUUUAUAAAAUUGAAAAAGUAUAACAGAUAAAUAAUAAUAAUUCGAAAGAAAAGAGAUUAACUUAAUAAUCAAGUAGAAGUAAAUAAUAUGAUAAAUUGAACAAAGAUAUGAAUGAAAUAUAAUUAAUUGAUAAACUUGAUUGA